UUUUUUUUUUCUUCUUAUACAUAUUUAUUCUAUUCUAUAGCAAAGUUUAUAUAGAAUGUGUGAUACAAACUGGUGUACAUAUUGCGAUUGUGCAGUGAGCCCUUAUUCAAAUUCUAUUUAUUGCUCUGAAGAUUGCUUCAAACGUGAUGCGUUAACAAAUCAUCCUUUAUUUACUAUAUUUAAGGAACCACAACAACAGCUACCAUCCAAUCUUGUGCUAUCUCAUAUACAACAAGAAUAUACCCCUUCUUCUUCUCGUCGCGCUAGUAAUAGUAGUAUUAGUAGUGAAGAUCUUUUACCAUUACAUUUUGAUAUGAUGUCGUCUACAACUCCAAUUAAAUCAUAUAACACAUUCUCUAAUUUCGUAUCUUCUUCCUUAAAUAUCAAUAAUACUCAAACGUUAGUCACCAAUCCACCAGCUAAUUUAUCAGAUAAUAUGCCUGCUUCUAGAAAACAGAAUUCUUCACUGCUGGCCUAUGCCUUACAUAAUAAUACAUUUUUAUCACUAAGACUUUAAGAAUAUGAAUUUAUGUAAAAAUUUAACUAUUGUAUAAUUAGUAAAUGAAAUGCUUUUGUAAAUAAACAAGUUGUAUGUCAUAUCGUUUUUUAUAUAUACAUAUAAAAAAGAAAAGAAAAAAAAAGAAAAGUUAAGCAUAAUCACAAUAAUGAUAAUAGAAAUAAAUUAAAUAAAAUAAAA